AAAAUUUGUUGAAUGGCUUAUCUAAUUUACAUUCUUUUUACUGAAUCUUAUUUUGUUUGUGGCGAUAUUGUAUAGAACCCAUUAACGGAGUAUUUAAAAAAAAAUUAUGAUAGAAGAGAUGAGAACUUCUAGUCAUCAGCAAAACAACAAAAGUACAAAUUUCGAGAAUUAAUUUGCACUUUUAGAAUAUCAUGAUUUUUAAUCCGUAUGAUAGUUCUCGAAUCCAAUUGUGUUGUCAACUUCCGGGCUUGACGAAAUGGAAAUUCAUUCGUAACGGUUCUUGAAACAAACUGUGUUGUUAGCUUCUGGACUUGACGAAAUGGAAAUUCAUUCGUAACGGUUCUUGAAACAAACUGUGUUGUUAACUUCUGGAUUUGAUGAAAUGGAAAUUGAUGAGUUAUAGUUCUCGAAUUCAACUCUGUAAUUAACUCCUGGACUUAGCGAAAUGGUAUAAGCAAAAGAAUUUGUUUGAAAACUCUUCAAUUAACAAAUGAGUUCAUUAGUUUGAUACUCUCCUAUUUUUAAUCUAGUACUUGAUGUGAAUGUGUGGCUUCUUUAAACCAUGAUCAUCAAUUGAUUGGAGACAAGUAUUGCUUUUUAUCUGAAAGCAAUUUCCAUCGAUUGAUUAAAAAUGUGUAGCAAGUGUUUGUCCUCGAGUGCUCUUUGCACGGAAACUUUUUUCGAACAAAAUGGGAACAAAAAAUUUAAACCAUUUUUUUACAUCAAACUGGAAUACUUCCUCUCAUGGAUGCUGGAAUCACCUUUCUUCAUGAUGGGUCAAGCAUUCUCGAAGAGGUUGUUGGAUGCAGAUAUUUUUUCUCACAAGAGGAAUUGGAGAAUCUUCAGUCAACCCUGGGUGGUCAGAACUCUCUUCACUUUACUGUUCGUAUUCUACUUAGGCGUCCCAGCCUGGUUCUAUUUCUGUCCUUGGUUUAGAAGAACAGCUGUCUAUCUGCACUUUGCUGACUGGCCAUUCCAGGCCCUGUCUGACCCUGAAAAAUAUGGUUUAAGCAACACAAAACACUUCUUCGUAGAAACUUCAACUGGAGAACUCCUUGGCGUGUGGCACAUACUUCCGAAUAGUGCGAACUUUACCCUCAACGUUCCUUCAUCAUUUGAUAAUGAUGACCAACCUGUUAUUCUAUACCUUCAUGGAAGUGCUGAGUCAAGAUCUGCUCCAUACAGGAGAAGCAUGUACGGUGUAUUGACGAGAAAUCCGCUGUGUGCCCAUGUUGUAACUUUUGAUUACAGGGGAUUCGGCGACUCCACUUACAUUUCUCCCACGGCCUCAACACUUCAAGAAGAUGCCAUGGCAAUGUUUCUCUGGUUGCAAAAGUAUGUGGAUGCAUCUAGAAUCAUCAUUUGGGGUCACUCCAUGGGAACAGGCAUCGCAGUCAAACUUGGUGAAGCCUUGUCAAAAAGUAAUCAAAGCAAUCCUUUCGCUAUUGUUUUAGAAGCACCUUUUACAAGCAUUGCCGAUGCCACACGAACGUUUCCUCUAUCCUAUUUUCACAGACGUCUACCCUUGUUUGAAACAUUUUGUGCUCAACAAACCCGUCACCCAGACACGAAUCUGAACAGUGACGAAAGAAUUGGAGCUGUCACUGCACCAAUACUCAUUUUACAUGCCGCUGAUGACAGUAUGGUAUGGUCAGAGCAAGGAAAAACGCUAUGGAAACGGGCAAUAAGAGAUCGCCCGUCUAACUUGCAUAGACCUGUUUUUGUAGAACUGGACGGUAAACACGGUUGUGGACAUAGAAAUAUCCAUAAAGCGCCGAAUUUGUCUUCCGAAGUGUUUAAGUUCUUAGAAAGUGUCAAAUUAUACAACAUUGCUCAAAAUAGUUGCCAAAGAAUUUUAAAAUGUGAUAUAAAUGAAGACUACCGGUGAAAUUUAGAGCUUAUUUUGCAUAAAUUAAACAAUGUGCUUAAUGAGCAAUAGUUUUGUAGAUUGCCGAAUGAUCUUGGAAUCAGAAGGCAAGUCGAGAUGUUUCCAUUUAUCCUCACACUAAACUACGUCUGUAAUGAAGGCACACAACACUAAACAGGGCUUUGUCCAAAAAGUAGAGUCAAAUAAGAAAUAUUUACUUCACUAAAUUAGUAUAAGCCAUUAAAAAAUUUCCUAAGAGGCCACUCAGCUACGAUGCAUCACUUUCAGCGAGAUUUCCAGAUGUUGAAGGCGUUAUAGUAGGCCUUUCAUGAAAUGUCUUGGAACAAGGACUUUUUACGUUGUCAACUAUCUAGAAAUGAUGUUCUUUCAUGUGAGCUUAGAAGACAGAAAACAAUGAUCAGCCUGAGAAAGUCAUAUAAGCAAUGCAGAUCGGCGGAAGAACUGUUAUUCCCCAUUUACACGAGACCUGAAAUCAGGUGCGUGACGUCACAACAGGAACGAAAAUCUGAUUUUUCUCCUACGAUUUUUUUUACCCAACUUUCAGGGAAACUUUGUCCGGUAAAGACAACUCCAAGUCAGGUCGGAAAUCGGGGGCAUGAUGAUUGGCUUGUUGUGCCACAUGAUAAUUUUUCGCCUUCAGGAAUGAGGUAAAUUAUACAAGCUUUUUUUCAGGCUAGUAACUUUGGAAGAUUGUUUUCAGUCCUCGUGUAAAUGGGAUAUUAACUCCUUUAAGUCGUCCUGGAAGCUAGUCAGGAGGAAGUGGGUCUUUUCUUUACACACUUUCCUCAGCUGCAAAUUUUCCUUGACAAUAACGUGAACGGUACUCUUUGGAAUUCUUAAUGUCUGAGCCAUUAAACUGAUACUAAAACGAUGGUCUAAAACAAAUUGCUCAGAUGCACGCAUUAUAUUUUCAUCCGUGGUGGUCUUCCAGCCAAGGUUUUAUUACCGACCUCUUCACAACCUUAAAAAAAUGCCUUGUAUCACAGGCAGACUUGGCUUGACACCCAUCAUUAGAGGCUGUAUUUAUCAUGGAAAAUGUUUUCACAGCAGUCUUGCCGUGUUUCACCGAAAAUUUGAUAUCAAUCAAACACAACAUUACAGCUUGAAAUGAAGUUACAGCCAUAAUGAGAUUCACGAAAAUGUUUGUUCUUAUUACUAAUCCCAAUUGAUCCGAGCAAGUUGCGACGUGUAUUCUCUUCUCAGUAAAAUCAAAGGACUACUCUUGUAUGUUUGAUAAGGUGAUACAGUGAGAGAUUUUUGAUACAUAAGUUGCGCAAACCUGCAUAGCCUAUUUGGAAACCCGACACUGAUACUACUAGCUAUGACUAUCUAUCCGUUACAAUGUGGUGUUCAGUUAGAAACUCAUUUUGGCGUUUUUUCAUUACUUUAGUCAAGGAUCUAUAAUGGAUAAAGAUUUGUAAGCAGCAGUAUUUUUAUGAUUCACCACAUAAUAUUCAGUUAGUUAACCGAAUGCUUGUAACAAUAUGACGAGUAGCCUUGUUUUGGAAUUUUGAAUUUUUAGUCAUGAACGUUUGCGUCGCAAUAUUCAGAGAAACAAUUUGUGAAGUGGUUUUUAAUUUAUUGUACUUAAGAAAAACCAUUGUAUAUUAUGUAGAUAAAUCUGAGCGAAAUAAAAAAAAACAAUCAAAUAGUU